UUUUCUUCGUCAAUCGUCUGAUUUCUUUUGGUGUGCAGUAACGGGCAAUUCGUCGAACACCAUGGACGCGCCUCCUCCCGCACAGCCGGACGCGGCGGCGCCGCCCUCCUCGACCUCAGCUUCGACCCCGCCUUCCGCGCCGCCACCAAAUCCCACGCCAUCCGUUUCCACUUCUAGCCCCGCUCCCACUCCCGCCCCAGCUCCAUCCACCGCUCAAACCCUAGAGCCCGCAACUCCCAGCCACGCCAGCGCGCGCCCGCCGCCGCCGCCUCGCAUGAGGCCGCCGUACACCCACCUAGCCUCGCCCAUAACGAUGUCCUCCUCCUCCUCCUCUCCCGCCACAACCGCGGCCUCCUCCUCCGCGACUCCGGCAAUGCCGAGGGGAGGGGUCGCCAUUGGGUUGCCUGCGCACCCGCGUGGGCCGCACGCGCCAGCCGGCUAUACUGGGUUCGUGCCUCCGCCACCGGUAGCUCACCAAUUCAGUCCUUUGCAUCGCGGCCCCGGCCAGCCCCCGCCGCCCGCUCCACAGCUUAGGCAGCCUGCCCCUGGGAUCCAGAAUAUUGGGAUGAUAGGUUCCAUAAACACAUCUCAGUUGAGACCAGGAGGUCUGCAACAACCAAGGCCUGGUCUUCCAUCAUCAGCAACACCAUCUCCAUCUGGCGGCCAGAUCCCAGGUUCACAAAAAACCCCCAUGCAUUCUUUAACAAGACCACUGUCUAUUUCUCCUUCGACGGCUUUACAGCAAACUCAGACAAAUGCAUCUGCACCAUUCAGGCCCCAACAAAGGCCACAAGUUCCACAGCAAAGACCAUACCAAGUUGCACAGUCUGCACCUGUGGCGUCACAUCAACAGAAUGUAGUUUCAGGACAGCAGCAGCUACCACAGCAUCAACUUUUGCAGCAGCAACAACAACAACAGCAGCAGCAUCAAAGUCAGCCACAAAGUUCCUUGCAACAAAGUCAGCCACAAAGUUCCUUGCCACAAAGUCAGCAGCAUGCAACACUAAAAACCCAGCAGCAAGCUGCUCAGACUCCUGUUUCAUUGACUCAGAAGGCUGAUUCUCCCGCUACACAACAAGCUACUAAUACGCAGCUCGUGGACAUGGCUUCCAUUGACGCAGCUGCUGGUGAAUCUAGUAAUCGGCUACUCUCCAAGAGGAGUAUACGUGAAUUGCUUGCGCAGAUCGACCCGUCGGAAAGUCUGGAUCCUGAAGUUGAAGACGUUCUUAUUGACAUUGCAGAAGAUUUUAUUGAAUCUGUCGGUAGAUUUUCUUGUUCUUUAGCAAAACAUAGAAAGUCUAGUACUUUGGAAGCAAAAGAUGUACUCCUCCAUGCAGAGAGAAGCUGGAAUAUCACCUUGCCAGGCUUUACGGGGGAUGAAAUAAAACUAUACAAGAAGCCGCAUGUGAAUGAUAUUCACAGGGAGAGGCUUACACUGAUCAAGAAGUCAAUGGCUAGUGAAGGGAACACAAGGAGCUCUGCUGCCCAAGCUGCAAGUAACCAGAAAAACCAGACUCCAAAGCCACCUGCCACAGGUUCACCAUGAAAGAAAUCCACUAGCCUUUGUUGUACAUUGAGUGUAGAACCAGACAGGAAGUCUAAAGAUAACUUGUACAUACUUUUCCUAAAGCUGUACUUGUUGCAACACUAACUAGUAAUUUUGUUCCAUAAAUUCAUGGUAUGGCUUAGUUUGCAACUCUGUGAAUUUAGGACCUGAACUUUGUGAGGUUUCAAUGCAGAAUUUUUGUUGAGCAGAAAUAGUCAGCUGACUUUGUUGAGAAGGAGUAACUGAAGACUCUGCUACUCUCUGUAAAUGCUUGAAGCUGCUCUGUAUAUAUAUGCCCGUCAAAUGAUGUGUUAUGUUGCUGUUUCA